AUGCGGAAUUUUGUACUUUUGCUAGCGACGACAUUUUUUGUUAAUGGAUGUGUUUAUAAAGGAAACAAGUAUCAGGAUAAGGAAACUUGGGUGGGUUUUUUUGGGGGGGGAGUUAUAGUACUGUAGGUUGAGGAGAUGUGUGUAAACACCGGGCGCAAAAAUGUAUAAUUUUUUGAAGUCGAUAAAAAAACUCGAUUUUGGGCGAUAAAAAUCCACAGUCCCGUAGGUAUACAACGAAAUCUGAUCACUAAAAAUUUUGUCACGUUUUUAUUUCAAAUUUUCACGUGAAUUUUUUUUUUUCAUUUCUCAAAUUUAGAGAAAUUUUUUUGAGACAAUGGUCCAAAUUAAUUUAUUCCGUGAGAUAACGGGGAGCAAAAAACUUUCAGCACCAAAUUGACUGCAAAACUUGUUUUUUUACUGGAAUUCAUCCAUUUACAGAAGAUUUAGUAACUGUUUGAGACGUUUUCAGAUCCAGAAAUCUAAAAAUUUUCAAAAAAUUUCAGAAAACUUUCGAAAAUUCUGAUUAUUUGUGAGACUUUGGGAACAUUUUCACAAAAUUGGAUUAUGAAGAUUUCACCAAGAAAAAUCACUUUCCUGAUUUUCCGGGCACAAUUUCCGGAUAAUCGGAAAAUUUUCCGUGAAAAACUGGAGAAUUUCCGUCACAGGUCUACUCAAAAAGAAAAAUUACUAUUGCUAAAAAUCACUACAGUAGGUACCAAUAAUAUAGUGAAAAUCAAAAUCAAACAAAGCAAAAAAAAUUCAUUUUCAAGAAAAAACACUUCAAAAUAUCUUCGUUAAUCCCGAAAUUUCGUUGAAAAUCUUCAUUAUUGAAACGUCAGCUUCACAAAAUCAUUCGAUCGGUUUUUCGAUGAUAAUAGUCGUAAAUUGGCCGACUCAAUUUUUCUGAAGCCAGCUAUAAAAAAUUCAAAAUUAGAACUGGCUAGAGGAAUUUAUUAUUUACCGUAGAUUCAAUUGAGGCGAAACAUUCGAUCAGCGCGUAAUGGUUUACUGUAGAAGAAAAAUCUGAAAACAAAAACAUUUUUUCAAUUUUUGAUGUUCUGCUCACUCACCAUUUUCCGGACGCAAAAAAUUAUCAAUGACUGGACAAAAUCCAGAAAAACAAGCAAAGGCCGCCACGUAUUUUCUGACAAAAGAGACGUGGCAAGAUUUUUAUCUCGUUGAAAAACAAAACAAAACAAAAAUAAAAAACUGAAAAAAAAAAAUUUUAACGUGACACAAAAAAUUGAUCAGAUUUCGUUGUACAAAUACUGUUAUAUUAAAAAUCCACCUUUUUUCAAAUCUAGAAAUUAAAUCUGAAAAAAUUCUGAAAGUCUAAUGUCGCCGAAAUUUUGAAUAUACUUUUUUGGCGGGAAAAAUCCACGUGGCAAUAAAAGGAGUACUGUAAAUUUAAAAAAAAAACCGUUUUUGAUUUCUAGGAACACUUUUGUAAGUAGAUCAGAAAUUGCCAAGUUUUUGAAAAGUCCACGUGGCAUCCCUGAAAUUAUUCAUUCUACAUUUUUAAAAUGACUAAUAAAAAAAACACAUAGUUAUUCUAUAUUGGUACCAGACCAGAAUUCUUGCAAUUUGUCAUUUUUCCACAAAGUAUCUCGUCAUCAUAAAUCAAUCAAUAAAUAUUUUCUCUGAUGUCAGAAGUUCAAAAAACCACUAAUUUCUAUUCUAUUUUUGCAGAUAGUUCGUUCAACUUUCAUCCUUAGAUGCGAUAUCAAUAAAACCGGAUGGAAAACAACAGUUGUCGGAUGUCGAACUGAUCAAGGUGUACAAGUUUUACCCGGUCAAACUGUUCAUGAAAAAGAUACGGUUAGCAAUUUUUAAAAAUUGUUUCUUUUUUCUUUUUUUUUAUCAUUACGGUUUUGGUUGGUCAAUUAGAUAAGGUUUGAAAAUUAAAUAAUGAUUGAUGAGUUUAACUAACAAAUUCCAUUUCUUAUUUAUAUAAUAAUUCUUGAUCAAUUGUUUUUUUUUAGAAAUACGAAUGUUUGAAAGAUCGUGAUGGAACCGUUGAAAUUCGUCGAACUUUGAACAUCAAACGAACUCGGGAUUGUGGAGAUCAUACAGUUGGCGAUUCAUGGGUUUAUGAGAAGAAUUUCUUGGCAAAAUGUACUGAGAAAGGAGUUCAGGUUUUGGAUUGUAUUUCGGAUGCUGGAAUCACUAUUCCUUUGAAUGGAUCAUUGGUUUUGAGUGGGGUUAAAUACAAGUAAGCAAUAUCCAAGCAAAAUUCGAAACAAAACUUAAAUGAACAAUUUUCAGCUGCAUUCUUGACAAAAAUGGGAAAAAUCUCAAUUCAUCGAGAUGUUGUAACUCAACAACUUCUUGCUCCAAGACCAACUACUGUGAGUUUUUGAAUAUAAAUUUACCCUUCAGUUUUUCAAAUUCCAGCUCUCUCCCAUUGAAAUCCUCGGUCCAAUGUUCAAAAAAUUCGGAGAUAUUGGCGGAGUUCUCCAACAAAAACUGGAUACUGAAAAAGAAGAGGUUAGCGCAUCUGAACAAAUGGUCGAAGCACCCGCGCCAACUUGUGAUUUUGAAGGAGAAGUUCGACGAGCUGGAGAUGUGUGAGUUUAGAGUUCAGAUCAAACGUUCAAAAAAAUUCAGAAAUUUGCAGCUGGAUAUCAGAUGGAAUUUUCACUAAAAAAUGCACGGAAGAUGGAGCGACUGUGAUCUUAAAUUGUAUCGUAGAUGAAAAAACGAUUAUUGCUGUUGACACAGAAUUGACAAUUGGAAAAAGAGUGAGAACUAAAAAUUUAGAAUAAUAGAACCCGGGGCAGAUCUCUUCAAAAUUAAAACCACUUUUUUUGGUCUAAUAGAUUCAACAAAAAUUGCAAUUAUCCAGUUAGAGAAACUCAAAAAUAUAUAUUUCAGACCUAUAAAUGCUACCGUAAACCGCAAGAAAGUCGAGUUUAUUACGAAGUCCGAAUCAACUAA